AAGAAAAACCGUCACAAGAGCGCGUGCUUAGUCGAAACUCUCCGCUUGCGCUCCGAGACUGCUGCGUGCGGCUCGAACGUCUCCAACACCACGAGGUUCUCGCCGGCAACGACACUACCCGAGUCACAACACAUACUGACACGGAUUCUAAAAUAAUAAAAACAGUGCGAACGAUCUUCGAAUGUAAUAAAGAAGAUAAGAAAACAUACCCCUGCGAAACAUGCGGAAUACAUUUUACACAAAAAGUGUAUUCGAUUAUACAUAAACGAAUUCACACUGCCGAAAGGCUUUAUUCGUGUAACUUAUGUGAAAAACGUUUUAAAACUUCUGGUUGUUUGAAAAUUCAUGAACGUAUUCACACUGGUGUAAAGCCAUAUUCGAGCGAACCAUGUAACAAGCAGUUUCAGGAUGUGCGACUAUUAAAGAAAUAUAAAAAAGUUUAUACAGGUGAAAAACCAUAUAUGUGCGAAAUAUGUAAAAACCAGUUUUCGAACAUAAUGUUUUUAAAUAUACACAAAGUUACCCACACGGGUAUUACGUGUGAAAUUUGUAAGGAACAUUUUAGGCAAUGGGAAAAAUUUCGAAUUCAUAAGCGAACUCACACAGGCGGGACGAUAUAUAGGUGCGCGCUGUGUAAUAUGAAGUUUGCAAGUGUCUGGAAAUUCAAUGCGCACAAACGAACACAUAUAAACGAGAGGCCAUACGCAUGUGGAAUAUGUGGAAAGCGGUAUACACGAGCUUCUCAUUUAACGAGACAUAAUCGGUAUCACACUGGUGAAAAACCGUUCUCCUGCCAGAUGUGUGAUAAGAAAUAUUCAGAACAAGAUUCUUUGAGCAAACACAUACUAAGCCAUACUGGAAUGAAACCUUAUUCUUGCGAAAUCUGCAAAAAACGGUUCGUGCAUAAAGGCCAUUUGAACAGACACAUACUAAGCCAUAAUGGAGCGAAGCCUUAUUCUUGCGAAAUCUGCAAUAAACGGUUCGCGCAAAAGAGCAAUUUGAACACACACAUACUAAGCCAUACUGGAGCGAAGCCUUAUUCUUGCGAAAUCUGCAAUAAACGGUUCGCGCUAAAGGGCAAUUUAAACACACACAUACGAAGCCAUACUGGAGCGAAGCCUUAUUCUUGCGAAAUCUGCAAAAAACGGUUCUCGCAAAAUUGCAGUUUGAGCAGACACAUACUAAGCCAUACUGGAGCGAAGCCUUAUUCUUGCGAAAUCUGCAAAAUGCGGUUCACGCAUAAGGGCAAUUUGAACUCACACAUACGAAGCCAUACUGGAGCGAAGCCUUAUUUUUGCGAAAUCUGCAAAAAACGGUUCGCGCUAAAGGGCAAUUUAAACAUACACAUACGAAGCCAUACUGGAGCGAAGCCUUAUUCUUGCGAAAUCUGCAAAAAACGUUUCUCGACAAAUUGCAGUUUGAGCAGACACAUACUAAGCCAUACUGGAGCGAAGCCUUAUUCUUGCGAAAUCUGCAAAAAACGUUUCGCGCACAAGAGCAGUUUGAACACACACAUACGAAACCAUACUGGAGCAAAGCCUUAUUCUUGCGAAAUCUGCAAAAAACGGUUCGCGCAAAAGAGCAAUUUGAACAGACACAUACUAAGCCAUACUGGAGCGAAGCCUUAUUCUUGCGAAAUCUGUAAAAAACGGUUCUCGCAAAAGAGCAGUUUGAACACACACAUACGAAACCAUACUGGAGCGAAGCCUUAUUCUUGGUUAAGAUCAGAUAUUUUAAGAAUUUAAAAAACCAUAAUAUGCGAUGUACCUUAAAUGAACUUUUAGCACUCGACAUGUUCGUUCAAAUGUACUCUACAUUUAA